AUGCACUCAACCACCAUCGUCUUGCUGGCUCUUGCCGCCCCUGCAGCUUUGGCAUACCCUCAAAAGCUCAACAUCCCGAACCCUAUCACGGGCAACCCCAUCGUGGACAUCAUCAAUGCCAUGACCAUCAACGUCCUUGGGCCUGACCCUAAUGACCCACGUUUUACCAACUGGACAGCACCGGGCCCUAAUGACCUGCGUGGUCCCUGCCCCGUCAUGAACACUAUGGCCAACCACGGCUUCAUCAACCAUAGCGGAAGGGAUCUGUACGUCCCCGACAUCAUGAAGGGCUUGGCUGAAGGAAUGAACAUAGGGUUUGACUUUAGUGCUGGUAAUGCUGGUGCCCACUGCUUAGUCGCACCCGACCCUUACAGCCUCAAGUACGACAUGGACGUUCUCAGCCACCACAACUUCCCCAUCGAGCACGACAUGAGCUACUCCCGCCGCGACGACUAUUUUGGCGAUGAUCAUUCGUUCUGGCCAACAGCAUGGGAACAAACGAAGRGUGGCUUUGAAGAAGGUGAUCUCGUAACCCUUCAGGGCCUUGCCAAUGCCCGCGGCAUCCGAAAAGCAGACAGCGAGGCUACCAACCCGGAGUUUGCGUACGAGCCCCGUGGCAUCAUCAUCAACUGUGCCGAGGCUGCCGUCGUUAUGCAGGCUUUGGGAUCAUCGCCAUUCGCCAACACCGCGCCAAAGAGUUACUUUGAGAUGUUGUUUACCCAGGAGAAGUUGCCAUAUGAGUUGGGCUGGCGUCCUAGCAAGAUGGGCAUCACAAACGACCAUAUCUUCUCGACUGCUGCCAUUGUUCUUGCUCUCAGCAAAGACACGAUUCCUAAUGGUGUUCAGAUGACCCUCGAGACUUACAAGACUGCCAUCUCAGGUGCUGAUGCAGCAGGCAUUCUCUUGGGUAACACUGGCAAGAUUUUUGGUCUCUGA